ACAACUUUCUCCUGAUAAGUAUAGCUUAGCUUCUCUGUUACUUUACUCAAGUAGAAAAAGAUGUCGAUAAUUCCAAUCAACGAUCGCCGGCGAUUUUCUUCCGGCGAUAGAAUCUGGGAGCCACUCGAACUCAUGAGCUCCUUCUUCGACUUUCCAUCACCAUCCCUCCUGCUUUCUCGCCAUUUUCCUUCACUUUCCCGAGAAAUUUUCCCAUCCUCUGCUUCAUCCACCGUCGAGACGCAGCUCAAUUGGACGGAGACACCUACGGCUCACGUUUUCAAGGCUUAUCUUCCGGGAACGACUCAGGACGAAGCGAUCGUGUUCGUGGACGACGAAGGAUUUCUCCAGAUCUGCACCGGAGAUAACAAAUUCAUGAGCAGAUUCAAGCUUCCCGAAAACGCCAUGACGGAUCAGGUCACGGCUUGGAUGGAGGAUGGGUUCCUCGUUGUGUUCGUCGCGAAAGAUGGUACUUCUUCGCCGUCACGGCCACCGGAGAUCGAGGAGAAUCGCAACGUUAGGGUCGUGGAAAUCACCGGGGAAGAUGAUUGAUUAAGUCUUAAACACUGGCCGAGAUCGAAGAGAUGUGUGAUAAAUAACCUGAGUAAUCACGUAAUUACUUUGUGAUCUUGUAUAAAGUCUCGUAUGUUUGAAAAAAAAAACACUGUGUGUUCAUAUUCGUCUGUAAAAAACUUUGAUUUGAAUGAAAUAGAAAAAUUUGCAAAAAAGGACC